AUGAAUACUCCACUGCUCGGGGCGGGAGUUGGCAACAACAGAGGUGUCGAGGGGGAAGUUAUUCGCGGAGAAGAGGUAGGCGAUGACAUGUACCAACCAUCAUCCAUGGGAAACCCGGUUGGUGACGGAGGGAAAGUAAUGGAGUACACACAGAGUGAAUGGAAAUCGGUCAGUGAAUGUAAGGUAAUGUCAGGCAUAUUUAAUAUUUCCGCCUCAUUUACCGAGGAUGCAAGACUUGUUGAUACCGAAAGCAGGAAAUACAAUGGCAUGGCAGGGCAGAAGUGCCUAAGAACCAGAGAUCCGAGUGGCUGGAUCGGGUAUUAG